AUGAACACAUACGAGACCAGAAGAAACCAGCAAUCUUUAAUGGCGUAUAAUCAAUCCACACACAGCCACAUGCCUCCUUGGUCACCAGAGAAUUCAAGAAACCAAAACAACCCGUUUGACCAACCUCCAGCUGUAUCGAGUUCGGCAGAAAGUCCAUUACAAAUGGCCACCGUCUCCGAACUCACAAGAGAAACCCAAUCUUGGCACUCACAAACAUGCGCAUGCGCAACUCCCAGUCACGAAACCUACAUACCCACCAACAGCUUCCAGCAGCCCAUACCGAAACAGAAUACGCCCCACAGCACUGCCUUUCCCAGUACCACCUAUACAACCCUCAGAUUUCAACACACCCCUACAGCAAACUCUCCAUCACCACAAACCCGUCUCCCCUACUACUACGAGUAUGCACACACCCCCACACCCCCACACCACCACAUACUAACCAUUCUCCCAGACCCUCCUCCACCAACUCAAUCGCCAUCUACCACCCACCCCAACAACCCCCUCUCCCCUCCUCCACCUCCACCACAAUACCCUGCCCCUACCACUGCGGCACAAUCCUAA